AUGGGAGAAGUCACGGUGUCCAUUCGAGCCAUCCAUGCGGCAGACACGUAUCCCCUUCGACAUGUCGUUCUAUGGCCUGACCGACCCGCGGAAUACGUGCAGCUACCGGACGACGCAUCCGGACAGCAUUUCGGCGCCUUUGUCAGCGGCGAGCUCGUGAGCGUCAUUUCACUGUUUCCAGACGGUGAGAGCGCCCGCUUCCGCAAAUUCGCAACGGCUGCGCCAUGGCAAGGCAAGGGAGUUGGGUCGGCACUGCUACAGCAUACGAUUGCAGCGGCCAGACAGACUGGUGCUGGCUCAAUCUGGUGUGAUGCACGGAGCUCGGCACUCCCAUUCUACCAGCGAUUUGGGAUGCAAGCAGAGGGUGAUACCUUCUACAAAGGGGAAGUGCCAUAUCUCCUUAUGCGCAGAGCAUUAUAG